CUGUUCCACUUAAACACAGAGACGAAGGCGAAACGUUAACUUCAGUCUCGGCUCGUCUCCAGCAUACACACACUCACACACUCUCUCUGGUCUCCACAUUUACACCAGUCUGAGGAGAGAAGAGCAGACUGGUCAGCGAUGAUGGAGCUGCAGGCGUGGAGCUGCGGGCUGCUGGUCCUCCUCACCGCGAUGGUUCACCCCGCAGGUGAGAACCGACUCACACACACACCGACAUGAGCGGAUCGAAACUACAGUGAAGAAGAGCCUAAAAACUCUCCAAAAACUACUUUACAUACAAACCUAAAACAAUUAGUAGAAAACUCGGUGUUUUAUUUAUUUAUUUAUUCCAUCACUGCUACAGCGAUUUUAUAUUUGGGGCGAUUAAAACUCAGAAAACUGCAUUUAUUUAGAAGAGUAUUCAACUUCUACGCUAUAAGGAGGAAAAUCAGCCACAUUUUUAGACAGUAAAUUUUAUUUUCAGACCUGUUUUUUUUUUUUCGCGGCUAGAAAUUCAACUGAAAGCUUAAAAAACAGUUCAAAUUUAUUAAAUACAAUUUUAAAAAAAAUACAUAUGCAUGUUUUAUUCUGUUUUGAGGUGCAGAGGGCAGAAAUUUUGCUCAAUUUUAGUUUGAACCGUUCAGAUGUGAAAGGUUUCGAGCCGAUAACAAAGGUUUCAAACAUGGAGGCUAAGGCUGUUCCUCUUCGGCCGCCAUGUUGGAAGUUCUCAGCCGUUACCGUCUCACCGGAAUCAAACUUUGAUCGUUUUUUCAUCUUUUUAUCAAAAUUGCUGUUUUUGAUUUAUUUAAUUUGUCCUGUUUUUGAAAAAUCGAUUAUUUAAGCUAAUUUAACUGGCUUCUUAGUGAAGCUGUGUUAAAGCUACAAGUCAGAAAAGCACAAACGGGUGUAUUCGAAAGAAGCUAAAAGAAAGUGCAGCAGGUUUCUAUCCCUGUAAAGUCAGAUAUCAAAAACGAGGUUUAGAAGUACAUAGCUUUGUUAUUUUGUUUGAUAUUUGUUCAUAUAUGUUUAAUUUUAUUCUGUAUUUUAUUUUGGGUGUGCAUCAUCUAGAAAAAUGUGACAGCAAACAUCAGAGCUAGCUAACUUUAGCUUCACUACCAGAUAAUCUUUUGAUCAACGUCAACCUGAAAACAUCCAUAAAAGCUGUAUCAUAAACAGAUUUAAACUGUGCAGGAAAGUCCGACCGAUAUUUUAAUUUUUAUUGUUCUUAUUUGUAUUUGUAAGGCUUAAAACAUAAAACAUUUUUUCUUCACUCACUGAUUGAUUGAUAAAUUGAAGUUUAUUUGAACAUAUAAAAAUAAUAAUCAUGCUAAUAAUAAAAGUAAAGAAUACAACAACAAAUGACAAAAAGUUAUUCAUGUUCAAAAAGGAGUGGGAAGAAGUCAAGACUUAUCUAGUCCCACCCCUUCUUCUACACUAAUGGUUUUAAUAUCAUAAUAUUAUAUAAUAAUAUUAUCAUCAUCAUAAUAUUAUAAAAUAAUAAUAUUAUCAUCAUCAUAAUAAUAAUAGCAAUAAAAAUAACUACCACAGUGAAAAUAACAAAACGAUGAUAAUGAUAAUAGUUACUAUGAUUGUAUCCCUGUAUCCCGUAAAAACAUAUUUCUCAUCUGUGGACGUUAAAAGGAAAACCGGUUACUGGACUUCUGUGUAAUUGGAAGAUUAUGGAUCACUAGGUAAAAUCUAAAAACAUUAAUAAUGAAUGCAACUGGAAAAUAAAAUGUUUGUGUUUUUUGGGUAUUAGCCAAGCGACUCAGUUGUAGGGUCCCGAUUUUAUACCAAAUUACAGCUUCUUUUCUGCGCAUUGCCUCGGUCUCUCUCAACUCUGUCCUGUCCUCUCCAAUAAAAGCAUAAAAAGGCCUGAGAUAAUAAUAAUUUAUAAAAACGUUUAGAAACAUGUUAGCUGAGGGUAUCCAAAAACAUCAUAAACAGGCAACAAAAUCACUAUAAAUGCAUGUGAAGCACAGAAGAUUGAAGGAGGAAAACAACAUUUCUAUAACACUACCAAGUUAAUUUUAAAUCUUAAUAAACAUCAAGUCAACGAAAAAUUUAAAAGAGAGUCAGCGCUCUUAGUUAAAUUUAUUACAUUUAGUCAUUAUUAAAGUGUAGAAAUAAAACACAGAGCACUAAAGGAGGAAAAGCAAAACUAAGAUAUCAAAAGUCUGAAUGGUCAGCCGUUUAGAUGGAGGGAGAGGCACGUUUCUGCAGGAUAACGGCACACUUUGAUAUCAAUACAGACCAAUAUAAGUUUAGAAAUAUGGGACAUAUCAAAAAUCAACUAUUGUGCACAUAAACAGUUAAAUAACUCACGCAGGUUUAACUACUGGAGGACUUUAAUCUGAUCGAUCGGCGGCCCCGAUGCAGUUUUUGAACCUUCAUAAAACCAUCACAUCUGAUGUGGAAAAAAAAAAACUGUUCAAACCACAAAAUUAUCAGCUAAAACUAAACUGAAAUGACGUCCUUUAGUACCUGUGCACACUGAUCAGUUAACUCAGGGAGUGUUUUUACCUCUUAGACUCCAGUUAAGCCAAAUAAAAAAGGAGCCUCAGACCCUCUGAAGACUGAAGUCCGAACACUGAUGUGAGGCGUGUUUGAUGGAGCCGUAGACCAUGAAAUGACCAGUUUAAAUGAUUAGUAACCAGUUUGGAUCAUCAAAACUGACCAGUUUGGACCAGUGUUGACACAGACAUGGGUGAUGAAACAAAAAGUUUAAAAAAUAACAGAUCUUUAAUAACCCGAAUAAAACAAACCAGACAUUUUUGUGAUGGGAACAUGAUCCAGAACAAUAUCUCCUUUUAAAAAUUUUAUUUUUGAGAUUGCAAAGGUACUUACAUCUAAAGAUAAGCCUCAAGUUUAACCUGCACAAGUACGAAAUAUCAAAGAGUGAAAGGCAAAGAAAAGGAAGAGAUGUAAAAAGUGCAGGAAAUCUAAAUUUAACAGGUUCCUGAGCGAGAACAGAAACAUCACGUCGACUUUCUUUCUUAUUUAACAUUUGAGAUCAGAAAAUAAGUGUGAUUUAUAUUUUAUAUCUGCGUUUCCUUUUGUAAAUGAAACACAACUUUAAAACUAUUUUAAAUGUAAAAACUCCGAUCAUGGGCGAUCAGCAGUUUAACCCAUAACGAGAUCAAAACUUCCGUCACUCUGACUCGGACAGACAGACGGAAACCCUCUUAUUAAAAUCACAUGAAAUUCAACAAAUUCAGGAUCAGAUUUUCUCUGGGAUGUUUAUGUUCUGCUUAUUCAACCAGAAACAAGUAUGUCACAAGCAGAAAGACGAGGUUCAGUGAGAAUCGAGUGAGAAAUAUCUGAUUUAAUAUCUCCGUCUUUUAAAAGUGGUCUAAGAAUUCAGAGAUUGAAGUCGUAUUUUAGAGUCAGCGAUUCUGCUUUUACACUUUUUGUGGUUUGUCAGAAACUCUGACAUUCGAUUAACAAAUCAAUAAACGGACGCGAAACAUCCUCUUCGUUCAGUUUUUCACUAAAUAAAACAGCAAAGUUUAUCUCAGGUGAUUUAAAGUAUUUUAGGACAAAGCUUCAUGCGGGUUCUCAUGAAGUGUGUGCGAAAAAUAUCAAGACGUAAAGUUUAGUCUGUAGCUCGAGGUACUGUUUAGUUUUUGAACAAAAAAAGAAGUUUUCUGCUCUGAAUGAAACAGAUUGAAUCUAAAAUAAGAGAAAGAAAUCAAGCUCAGCAGAUAUUUAAAGUCAAAUAGCGACUUUUUUAGAAAACAGGACAUGUCUCGUGUGUGGAGGUGAAAAACUUCAUGUAACAAACUCGCUUUGAAGUGCGAAUAUGAUAAAACUGACCACAGAGAGUGAACCCUCCUCUGCACACAAACACACACACGCUCACACACUCACACACACACACACACACACACUAACAGGAAGCAGCUCUGCGGUUCUCGAAUAUGAGCGUCUUCCCCAAACUGAGCUUCAUCUGCUCUGAUGAUGAUGAUGAAGAAGAAGAGACAGAAACUCUUCAGAUUGAGAGAGAGAUGACGGUUUCAGACUCUCCUCUGAUGUUUCCAUGGCGAUGACGCGAUGACAGAAACGCUUAAAAUAAGGUUAAAAAAACAACAACAGAGUUUUACUGAGAAAGGAAACAAAUCAGUAGGAAAAUCUCAGCGAGUUUAGGGCGAUGUUUACAGAAACUUUAAAGCAACGAUUGCAGCAACAUUAGAGCAACAUUUAGUUUAGUCAACCAUUGCCACAUACUGCCCGUCCCUUUACAGCAAUAUCCCAACAGCAAUUAUAGAAGCUUUAGAGCAACAUGUCAACUUUAUGUACAGCAACUUUUACAAAAAAAGCUAAAUUUACGGCAAAAAUUUAACAGUCCACAGAAACCUUCAUGCAACAUGUCAGCGUCCUCGACAAAAAAUCUAGGUGCCAAGCAAUCGACAUUAACCGCAACAUUGUGGCAGCAGAGACCGUUACAAAAAUAGAGACUUUUUCACACCGUGCCGACCACAUUUACAACAAUAUCUCUUCAACUGAACACUUUGACAACUGAAGAGAUUCACAUACGACAUGUUUGAGCAAUGUUUCAGCUUUGUUGGCAGCAACUUCUCAACAAUUUGUCAGCUUUGUUUACAGCAUCAUACAGGCAACAUCUCAGUUUCAUUUCCAGCGACACUUAUCAGCAUCACAACCCCCCACCCCACCCGAACUCACACACACACUUCCUGUUGCGUGUGCGUAUUUGGUGUGUCUUUGCUGUUAUCUAACCUCGUGUUAAUCAGAUGGACCGUCACUGCCCUUUCCUAUAACAUCAGUGUUACCAUGGUGACAUCUGGCUUCCUCUAACAGCAGCUCGCACUCAAACUUCGGCAUGGGAUGUUUCCCCGAGUCUUGUCUUACAGGUACACGGCUAAUUCGCGCUAAUCAGACAAAAUAUAAAUAGAACGGUGUCACAAUUGGACUGAGUUGGAUAAGCUGCACGGUUAAAAAACGACAAUUUGUCCAAUAUUUCCAUUUUUAAAAAUACCUAGCAGACAGUGAGCAGCUCAAAGAGGCCACACCCCCAAUCAUAUGCUGCGUUCCAGUUACCUCAGAAGUCGGAUGUUGGAGCUGGGAAUGACGUUACACCUGAGUUGAUGGCGUUCCAGUUAACAAGUCUGAAAUGUUUACAAUUGUCAGCUGUCGUUAGCCGUUGUCAGCUGUUGUUCGUUGAUGUUGUCCGCUAUACCAGUUGUAAACAACGCAUAACACAGUAUUUUACUCUUACGAACACCAUAGCACCAUGUUCACAGUUAGCCGUUGGUCAGUACAGCAUACCACUUAUAUAAUUUCACAAAAACAAAUCAGAAGUGCGAAUGAAAAAAACAUUACAAGAACUUUCAUCGUUACUCUUUACUGUUGCUGCACUGCGCUGACAUCUUAAAUUAUGACGUUGUUGUCAAGUCGGGGUUGGCACAGAUAAUCUGACUGUCCGAGUCGGAAAUCUAACUUCACGGGGGCGUUCCAGAUGAAUUUCCGACUCAGAGCUUGGAAAUUCCGAGUACAACUGGAACGCAGCAAUACUCAAACUAAACACCUGACUUGCAUCAAACACGGGUUCUAGGUCAAGUUUGUUCAGCAUUGAUAUUUGCAACACAAAACAUUGGGGUGUUACUUUUUACACAACUUUAUCACGAAAAUUGUUCCUUCACAGAAAACGCCAACGACUCAUCAGUUAUGCCUGUGCUAGCUCAGUUUAGCACCUGAGUUUAUCAUCAGUAUGAAACUAAAGAUUAGAACUAUAUAACUAUAGGUGAAUCUUCAUGAAGAACUUUUUGUCUGUUUUUGCAAAAAAAAAAAGGCAAAAUUUUGUCUGUUUUAUGGUGAGUUUCUUCCAAAGAUCUCCUCCACCCUGAACAUGAACGGGUUAAUGACGCCACAUUACUGUUUGCUUAUUUUUAGCAUCUUAUCUGUCUAAUGUUUUCAAAGUACAGUUAUCUUCAUCCCCACUCUGCUGCUACAGCCUUAUUUCACACCAACCCACACACACACAAACACACACACACAAACACACAAGCACGCUCUAAACCACACACACACCUGCCUGAGAGCUGGGGGAAACCACUGCGCUACAUGACACACAAACAUACACACACUCACACACUCGGCACAACUGUUUUAACCCUCUCUGUUCCAGCUCAAAGCGUAAGCCCCGCCCUCUUCUUAUAACUGCAAACUCACAUUCUGAUUGGUCUGACUAUCUGUCAAGCAGGACAGUAUUAAUCACUAAAAACACUGCCUCUCAGGACCGAUUAAACUCUCAAAGUUGACCGUGUAAAAAUUAAAAAAUACUCCACUGACAGAUGUCUGUUUUUGUAUGUGUGACCUUUGACCUUUACAGAGGCGUUGACCUUGUAUGACCCCCAGCUGUGUUAUAUCCUGGACGGCUUUUUGGGCCUGUAUGGACUCAUCAUCACCGGCAUGUUCAUCAAGGAGAAGGUAUUUUCAUUUUUACAGGAUUAAUGCUGCGUUUGAGUGACCUCGGAGGUUGGAAGUCCGAGCUGAAAAUGACGUCAAAAAGCAAAAUCGGAGGUGGAAACAAGAUGGCUACAUCUACGAAACUUAUUUUUGCACUUUCAGUCCAAACAUAAGGCAAGCGGUAAAACAACUUUCGUAGACGUAGCCAUCUUGUUUCCGGCCUCUGAUUUUGCUUUUUCCAAUUUGGUAACUGAAUCACUUGGAACUCGUGUGUGACGUCAUUUCCAUCUCCGACAUCUGACUUCUGAGGUAACUCGAACGCAGCAUUCCUGCUAACUGCUCUGUGAACAAUGAUAUUUUAAAGCUCCAGUGCGGAAUAUUCAGUUUGUCGUGAUUUUAGCGCCCCCUGUGGACAAAAUUACACCUCUUAUCCUUUUUUAAGUUUCCAUCUGUUGUCUUUUGUUCUCAGUAACUCGUAUUUUCUUGUAUUUGAAUGUUUUUAGUUCUUCAGAGCCAAAGUGCAGUCGACAGAGGACAGCGUCUACAGCGUGAGUUUAAGCGUGUUUUUCAUUUGUGUCCCUAAUCUCCUUCCGUAAUCUUCCAAUAGAGGAUGUUGUGUUUUUUUACCAUGUUGUGUUUAUGUGUCGUGUUGCGUUUAGGGUCUGGUGGGUCAGGACACUGGAGGUUACGCCCCGUUGAUGAGAGACGCUGAAAGAGGAAGGGUGAGUGGUUGAAAUUGAGCGUGGGGCUAGUCCAGGCAGGCAGGUUCACUCUUAAAGGUUUGAACCUUAAUGAACUUCAGAGAUUUAUAGGAACCCCAAAGACCCAUGACGGACUGAAACCAAGCUGCUCAAUGUUUCCUGAAAAAUAAGAAACUCUUAGUCAGGACUGCUGCGGAGGCGGAAUGAUUCAAACUUUUCUGUUUUGUUUGUUUUUCUCUCUCAGAACCGCAGGCCGGCUGAAGGAGAGUCCGAAUACACGGUAAAAAAACACUUCUCAUGGUUUUUGUUUUUAGAUUUUUUGAGCGACAUAUUUUAAUGUCUGAGGGAGGAGGUUUGCCGUGUGUCUUUGUGUCAUAACUGAUGUUUGAUUUUCAACUUUAGGGCCUGGUGAAACGAACAGACGGAGAGUAUCGGGAGCUCCCCGUUAAAAGAGAGGUGAGCUUGACUCAGGACUUUAAAAACUUCUAAAAGAUUUUCUGUUUUACCCUUUUAAGUCUAAAAUGUUGAAGCUGAUGUGACUGUUUGAGUCUAAAUGUGGAUUUUUGUGUGUUUGUGCAGCGUCAGAGGAAGAACGAGCAGGUUUAUCAGGUGAGAUCAAAUCACAUUUUACUUUAUUUUAAAGGUAAAGCUGUUGCUCAGUGGGUGCAGUCUAUUUCCUGGAGUAUUGACGUUUUCUGUCUCUGCAGGGUUUGAGCUCGGCCACCAGAGACACGUACGACCAGCUGCAGAUGCAGCCGCUCCCCGCUCGCUAAUGUCACCAUGACGACGCUGUCUUAACUAUCUUGUAUUUUCCUGUUUUAAGAAAAAAAAACUUUUUUUUUUUCUGAAACAAAAAAAAUGAGAAACUUUUUCUUUUCUCGGGCAGAUUUCUCUUUGAAAUCAGAGUUUUAUUUUGAAGGUUUAGUCGAUGUCACUGUUUAUAAUCACGCUUAAGUACUGUUGGAGUUUUAAGAGACGUCAAUGAUUUACCAUAAAAAUAAUCCAUUUGUUUGUGAAUUCUGCUCCUUGAAUAUUUCGUGAUCCAACAUAGUUUAGAUGAAAUGGUUCUUAUUCCGGUAAUUCAGCGUCACUUUGGGAAUUUUAAUGUUUUUCUUUUAAAAUCUCUUAACCUACACAAAACAGCAGUUUUUGAUUUUUCCUCUUCAUGUUUAAGUUUUUAAAAACUGACCAAAAUGAAGGUUUACAAUGAAGUUAAUCUACAGUGUAACAGGUACGAGUUCUGGUAUAAAGUAGAUUCACCUGAUUCAAAUGAUCAGCUCGUUAUCAAGCUCUGUAAUGGCUUACUAACGAGCUGAUCAUUUGAAUCAGGUGUGUUGGAGCAGGGAAUCAUCCAGAACAUGCAGGACAGUGGGGCCUCGAGGACUGGACUUGAGAACCACUGAAGUAGAUCAUUGAAUUCGAGAGCUCAGACUCUAGAGAGUUAAUUUGUCCACCUGUUGGUGCUGAUGUCAAACACUUUCAACAGGACAGUGUUUUUUAUUUUACUACUUUUAUUCCCUGUUAUCUGACUGUCAUGAAAGAAUGAUUAGGAAGCAGAAUCAUUCAUCUCAGCAGCUGUAUAUCUGACAUGUUUGGCAUUUCUGUAAAAUUUCUUCAGUUCUUUUUUUACAUUUUCAUUUAAAUAUCGAACCUUUUUCUUCACGUUUCCUCUCUUAUAUGGACAAUAGUUAUUAUGAAACCUGUUUUAAAUGAACUUUAAGUCAUUUUCCUGAGAAUUUGUGCUGUUUUGUAUCUGAUAUUUCAUGUAUUAUUUUAAAAUGUGUUUAUAUGUUCAGCUCUACUCUGUAGAAUCUGAUCUUUUUUGCGUCUAAUAUUGAAAUAUAUAAUAAAAAUGUCCAAUUGAAUCUCA